AUAAAAUGAUCUACUCCUACAUUUUUUAAACAAAUAACAACCAAGUUGUCGUUGUGGCGAAGGAACGGUUUGCUCUCUCUCCACUCUCUCUCUCUCUCUCUACUUUAUUCUCUUCAUUUUAGACAGGGAGCUUCAAUGGCGGGCAAGCUAUCGAAUUGCUUCUUGAAUCAUGGAUUGACGGACCUAAACUGUAGAAACUCCAACGUGCGAUUUUACAUCUCUCGAUCACCUCAUUGCCGUUUGCUUCCUGCAUCUUGUAAGAUGCGGCAGCGUAAUCUCAGUUCACAACAUAAGAGACAGCAAACAAAGAAAGUGUCUCCUGAACGGCUUUCAACAAAUGAAGAAUUUCAGCCUCAUGGAGAUGAAGACUCUGAAUCAGAAAAUUCUUCAAUGGAAAGUAUUUUGAGGCUAGAUCAUCAAACCAUAUCUAAUGAAGAUGUUGAUACCACUGUGGCUUCUGAGGAUUCAAGUGAGGAAGAUUUGAAAUGUCUGACUCUGUUGAACAAGAUUGAAUCUUCGUCCAUGGAUGCAGAUGGUAGAGAUCAGCUCUCAAGUGUUCAUCUUCAGGAUUUGAUAUUCAUGAUAAAAAAUGCAGAGAAAAAUAUCCUUCUUCUCAACCAAGCUCGGGUUCGUGCACUUGGAGAUCUUGAAAAUAUUCUUAAUGAGAAGCAGGUGUUGCAAGGAGAAAUCAACAUUUUGGAGAUGAGACUGGCAGAAACUGAUGCAAGGAUUAAAGUGGCUGCCCAAGAAAAGAUACAUGUUGAACACCUGGAAGACCAGAUGGAGGAGCUGCAAAACAAACUUAAUAGGGGUGGUGGGGGGAGUGUGCAUGAUGUAGUUCCUCUUUCACUUAAUAGUAGCAAUCAAUCUCUUAGUGAGGAACUUAAUUCAUUGAGGACAGAAAAUAUGUCACUGAAGGAUGAUAUACAAGCACUGAAAACUGAACUUGUUAAUGUCAAGGGAACGGAUGAACGCGUUGUAAUGCUGGAGAAAGAACGUUUACUUUUGGAAUCUGCUGUAAGGGAGUUGGAGUUCAAAUUUACUGUUUCUGAGAAAGAAAUUUAUAAACUUUCUAAUCUGAAAUCCGAAUGUAAGAACUUAUGGGAAAAGGUAGAUGAUAUGCAAGUACUGCUAGAUAAGGCAACCAAACAGGCAGAUGAAGCUAUUUUAGCAUUGCAACAAAACCAGGAGCUCCGGAAGAAGGUUGAUAGGUUAGAAGAAUCUCUUGAAGAGGCUAAUGUCUAUAAGCUUUCGUCGGAGAAGUUGCAACAAUAUAAUGAACUAAUGCAUCAGAAGAUAAAACUACUGGAAGAGCAUCUUCAAAGGUCUGAUGAAGAGAUAAGUUCUUAUGUUCAGUUAUACAAAGAAUCUGUGAAGGAAUUUCAAGAUGCACUUAAUAGUUUGAAGGAAGAAAGCAAGAGAAGAGCACCAGAUGAACCUGUGAAUGAUAUGCCUAGGGAAUUUUGGAGUCGUUUACUGCUUAUAAUUGAUGGUUGGUUACUUGAAAAGAAAGUAUCAACCAACGAUGCAAAGUUGUUGAGAGAAAUGAUCUGGAAGAGAGAUGGACGUAUUCGUGAUGCAUACAUGACAUGCAGAAAAAUGAACGAGCAUGAAGCUAUUGAUGCAUUUCUCAGACUGACAUCAGCAUCAACACGUCCAGGAUUGCAUGUUAUUCAUAUUGCAGCCGAGAUGGCACCAGUUGCUAAGGUAGGUGGUUUGGGGGAUGUAGUGGCUGGUCUUGGUAAAGCACUGCAGAAGAGAGGACAUCUCGUUGAGAUUGUUCUUCCCAAGUAUGAUUGCAUGCAGUAUGAUCGUGUUCGUGACUUAAGGGCACUAGAUGUUGUGGUAGAGUCAUACUUUGAUGGCCGGCUAUUCAAAAAUAAAAUCUGGGUUGGCACUGUCGAAGGUCUUCCUGUCUACUUUAUCGAGCCUCAUCAUCCGGGUAAUUUCUUCUGGAGAGGACAGUUUUAUGGAGAGCAUGAUGAUUUCAAACGUUUCUCAUUCUUUAGCAGGGCAGCACUUGAGUUGAUUCUUCAAGCUGGCAAGAAACCAGACAUAAUUCAUUGCCAUGAUUGGCAGACAGCUUUUGUUGCACCGCUUUAUUGGGAUCUUUAUGCACCAAAAGGACUGAAUUCAGCUAGAAUAUGUUUUACAUGCCAUAAUUUUGAGUAUCAAGGGACUGCACCAGCUUCAGAAUUGGCAUCCUGUGGUCUUGAUGUUCAUCAGCUUAACAGACCAGAUAGGAUGCAGGACAACUCGGCACAUGAUAGGGUCAAUCCCGUUAAGGGUGCAGUUGUGUUCUCAAACAUUGUAACAACAGUUUCACCGACCUAUGCACAAGAGGUGCGGACUGCGGAGGGAGGAAAAGGCCUUCAUGCAACCCUAAAUUCCAACUCCAAGAAGUUCGUAGGAAUUUUAAAUGGAAUUGAUACUGAUGCGUGGAAUCCUGCAACUGAUGCUUUUCUCAAAGUCCAGUACAGCGCCAAUGAUCUUCAAGGGAAAGCAGAAAAUAAAGAAGCUAUAAGAAGGCAUCUAGGGCUUUCUUUUGCAGAUAUGAGACAACCAUUGGUUAGUUGCAUAACAAGAUUGGUACCACAGAAAGGUGUACAUCUUAUUAGGCAUGCAAUAUAUCGGACAUUAGAGCUGGGAGGACAAUUUGUACUUCUUGGUUCAAGUCCAGUGCCACACAUUCAGAGGGAAUUCGAGGAUAUUGCAAACCAUUUUCUGAGUCACAAACACGUUCGGUUGAUAUUGAAAUAUGAUGAGUCUCUUUCCCAUACAAUUUAUGCAGCGUCUGACAUGUUCAUCAUCCCAUCUAUCUUUGAGCCUUGUGGCCUUACACAGAUGAUAGCAAUGAAAUAUGGUGCUAUCCCUAUUGCAAGAAAAACUGGGGGUCUAAAUGACAGUGUUUUUGAUCUUGACGAUGAUACCAUACCAUUACAGUUUAGAAAUGGAUUUACAUUUCUGACACCUGAUGAACAGGGACUCAACAAUGCUUUGGAACGUGCAUUUAAACACUACGGGAACAAUAGUGAGAGUUGGCGACAGCUUGUUCAGAAGGACAUGAGUAUAGACUUCAGUUGGGACUCGUCAGCAUUACAAUAUGAGGAACUAUACGAGAAAUCUGUUGCCAGAGCUAGGGCGGCAAUUCGUGCUUGAUCUUGUGUUGGUGCUAGUUGUCCCAUUUCUUUGGCGAAAGCGUUCUUUUGUGACGUACGAAUCUGUCCACCAGGUCUGAUUAGAAUGGCUUCCAGAUGAACUGAUGAUAUCAAAUUGCUUGACCAGUUAUAUGUUCUACAAUGGAGAAGACUGACAAGUACAUGAUACAUCUUCAGUUGGAGAGCAAAAAGCUUUGAAGUCUGUUGUUGAAGUGGGAUUAGAAUUCUCUCUCCUUAUGACUUCCCCAUUUUUUGUCUGUAUACAUAAGCUCACCAUUCAUUUGUUCAUAUUGCAGCUGAUGUACAUUACAGUUAUAUUAAAGUUAUAUUCUUGUACCAUCAUUUAGGCAAAUAUAAGAUAGAUAAUUGUUAUGCAUUUACGGA